AUGUAUGCUGUGCCUGAUCCGGAGAAGUGCAUCUUCAAUGGCCUGAAAGAGAGCAAGGACACAGGCCGCAGCAGGACGGCUUUCUUGGGCAAGCUUGGGAAGCUGUCUGAGCUGGAAGCCUUGUGCGGUCUGAGUUUCGAUGUGAUCGUUUUGGAUCUAUGUUCUACGUCUGAGGCCUUGUCUGAGAAGUUGCCUGAGUACUUGCCUGAGCACAAAAUUGUGUUCAUGCGCAGGUACACAGCUCGGCAGUUUGGCUGCCCUGCGUCUGACAGCGGCUGUAUCUUCGGGCUGACUAAGAGGCCUCCGACUGAGAAGGGGCUAGAGGCACUGCGGCGGCUGAUGUCUGUGCAGCUGGAACAGUGCAUUGACUUGGAAAGCUAUCACACGUCUGAUGUGCAGUGGCAUUACUUUGGGGAUGCGCCGACAGCAUGUGGUACGGAAGCUUCGAGCGACCCAGCUGCUGCACAGCCUCCUCCGGCUGUUCAAGGCACGACUGAUGCGGAUGAGCCAGGUGACGAGAUGCCUGAGCAGAAGAAGAAGCUGACUUUGCCUGAUCUGAUCGCGAAGGCUGUCGAGCACAACUGGUUGCCGCAUGAGGGGGACGUGAAGAAGAAGCAGCUGGCUGAGGUCGAGAAGUUGCCGUGCAAGCGCAAGCAUGAAGAUCUGGUUCAGGUGCAUGCGGCCAUCUUGAGACAGUACGCGAAGCAGCGGCGACUGACCAGCAUUGUGAUGUCUGACGCGAGCUCCCAGCGCCUGAGUCACCAUCAGGUCUACUCAGGCGAGCUCCCGCCGUUCGGCAAGCCAAUGAUGUGCCUGAGCUAUCACCCUACCGCGCGCAAGGACCGGUUUCGCAUUGUCUCGAACCACGAGCUUCUGCAAGCACGCGGCUACCCUUUGGGUACUGUACAUGUGCAGCUGCUCGGCAUGAAAGCUGCCGGACAGGCGGCAGCUGGGGCGCCACCGAGUGCCCUUGGCCUGAUUUUGUGUGCUGCCGCACGGCUUUUGCAGCCUGAUCCUUCUUAG